AUGAAUGCUCGUCUGAGCUGCUGCCUCUGCGCCGUCUGCGCCUUGCUAGAAUUAGCGGCCGCCGCUCCGACGUUUUCGCACCUGGCGAGCCUGCUGCCCUUCGAAGAUCCUGGUCAAACCGUGGCACUUGCGAGCUGGCUGCAUGCACGCGAUGUGGCAAAAGCUCAGAGAAUCGAUGUGUCCCUCCACACUGUGGAGGUCGCAGGUGAGCCAAGUGUUUGGCGAGAUGCUGCUUUUGAGCGACUCCCAGACCUCAUGCGAACCACGCGCCAGGUCCUGUCCACAGUCUUCAAUGACGCCCCAAACCUGCCUCUCCUGCGCGAUGUCUUGGAGCGGGCCCUUCUGCUGCCGGGGGAGUUCAUCGUGCUGACCAACGCGGACAUUGGCCUGGUACCCAACUUCUACUCUGAAGUCCUCGCCAUCCUUCAAAGGGUGGCCGUGAAGGCUCUCAGCAUCAACCGCGUCGGCGUUGGAAACUGGACCGGCUUCGUGCCGGAGAAAGCAGGGGAGGCAGUCGACCUCGGUCCUGUCCUUCAACUGUCGAGGCACUUUCCGCAGGCGCAUCCUGGCAGUGAUUGCUUCGUCUUCCAGCGCCACACCGUGGAGCGAAUGAUCUCGGCAGUUGGCUACGUCUUCUAUGGACAGGCACCGUUCGGCCAGCUCAUGCUGGAGGCCAUGCGCUCUGCGACGGGUCUGGAGCCCAUCGAGAUCGCCAGACGGAGGUUGACCUUCCACCUUGACCCCAUUGAGACGAACCGAAAGUUCGAAUGGGCGGACAAGUCCGACAAGAGUCUGGAGCUGCUCGCGUUCAACAACCUGGCCGGAUUUGGCCUCGCUCCGGGGAAGCUCGUGUUUCAGAGCCUCGGGAGCCCUCCAGCCACAAGCGACUUGAUGGAACGCGUCUCCCACAACUUCGUCGUUCCACGCGAGGUGGCGAUGGACAAGACAGGCUACUUCGUGGAUCCGGGUCAGUGUUUCUCGGAGAAUGGCACUAUCAGUGGGGUCGCGCUGGUGGCAAUGUGUACUUCUCCGACUCCGCAGGAGCCCGCGCUGGUGCUGGGCAUCGACCGCAUCCGAAUGGAGAAUGCCACCUCAGGGCGAUAUCGUGGCCGGCGGCGACUCGUUGGCUUGCCACCGGAUCUGCAGAACAAGAAGUUUGGACCCAGCGUGAUCAUCAUCCGCCUCGAAAUGGACUUUGCUGCUGGGGAAUGUCUCGGAUUCGUGUGGUGCCAUGACUGGGCUGGCCUGAUCCUGGGCGCAGAAGAUGCCAGUGAUCAACCCAUACAGUACCGGGGACUGGACAGGGACCAGGACCCUGAUGCAAGCAGCACUGGCAGCUUCAUGUAUCCCGUCCGCCUCCAGCAACGACUUGCAGUGCGGGCAAUCGUGCACUUCGAGUCCGACACGCAAAAGUGGUUCAAUCAAACCAGAUCAGGAGGUUCGAAGGAAAAGACCGACGGCUGGAGAUAG